GUAAAAACGGAAAGAUAGAUUGGGUCGUUACUUCUGUCUUUUCACCUUCAACACCUGACCUUGCCAUGAUACGAAGGAGAGCGGCUCAAGUGGUGAUUCGCUCUGCAGGAAGAUCGCAUGGUCUAAGAUUAGCAAGCGUCUCACAAGCUCACUUCUCCUCUUCCUCACACCUCUAUAGAGUCUCUUUUCAAUCUAGACGGAGCAUAUAUUGUACUCCACUACUUCAACAAACUACCGAUACUGCAACAAAAGCCGAGAGUGGGUCGAUAACCCCGAUAAAACGCUAUGAUGAACUCGUAGAAAAAGGCUUACUCAACGAAGAUUCUCAUCAGCGACAAGUAGUUCAGCGAUUGGAGGAUUUACACAAUGAAUUAAAAACAUACAAGCAAAAAUUGCAACCUGAACCUGAGACAGCCAAACCAGGAGGAUUCUUUUCAAAGUUCUUCGGUCACAAUAAACCAAAAGAUGACAAUGUUGGAAAACUAGAAAUUCCAAAAGAAGUACCAAAAGGACUUUACCUUUACGGAGAUGUCGGAACGGGAAAGAGUAUGCUUAUGGACUUAUUUUACGAUACAUUACCCGAGAAUAUCCAAUCCAAAAGAAGGAUACACUUUCAUCAAUUCAUGAUCGAUGCCCAUAAGCGUAUGCAUGCAUUCAAAUCUCUCCAUCAUAAACCUUCCGGGAUGGUGAUGAGCGCAGCAAGUGCUGCAGUAAUGGCAGCAGCUGCUGCAAGUGGUAGUGGAAAAUCCGGAUCGGUAUCGGAAGAAAUUGAUCCAAUCCCUUUUGUUGCAAGACAAUUUGCUGAAGAAGCAAGUGUUUUGUGCUUUGAUGAAUUUCAAGUGACAGAUAUUGCUGAUGCAAUGAUCUUGAGAAGGUUGUUUGAACAUAUGCUAUGGCAUGGAGUCGUUUGUGUUGCAACAUCUAAUAGACACCCGGAUGAGCUAUACAAGAAUGGUAUUCAACGGUCAAGCUUUGUUCCUUGCAUCGAAUUGAUGAAAGAGCAGUUGGGUAUUGUGAACCUGGACUCAGGAACCGAUUAUCGAAAGAUUCCUAGAUCUUUGACAAAGGUAUACUUUUCACCCUUAUCACCUGAGAACAAAGCCGAGAUGAACAAAUUAUGGGACGCAAUGACGUCUGAUCCGAACGAUCAACCGGUUUCCAAUCGAACAAUCACAAUUUGGGGUCGUCAAUUAGUUAUUCCACUAUCCAGCAAGAGAUGCGCAAGAUUUACAUUUAACGAACUUUGUGGAAAACCAAAAAGUGCGGCAGAUUAUAUUGAAAUUUGUCGAACGUUUCCAACAAUUUUCAUUGAUGAAAUUCCAAAGAUGAACAUUCAUCAACGUGAUUUAGCAAGAAGGUUUAUCACUUUUAUCGAUGCUGCUUAUGAAAGUAAAACAAGAAUUUUUGCAAGUAGUGAAGUUGAAUUAUUAAAGGUCUUCAGUGGAGAUAGUGAACAAGGUCCAACGAAAGAUCAAAUGCGUGCUCUUAUGGACGAUUUAGGUCUCACAAUGGAUCAAUUAGGCGGAAUGCCAAUGGCAACUGGAGAAGAAGAAGUUUUUGCUUUUGCUCGUGUGCUGUCACGAUUAAGUGAAAUGAGUUCUAAGCAGUAUGCUGAACUAUCUGCUGGAUUUGAAGCACCACCGGAAUAUUGAAAAAUUGUAAACACAAAAUGAUACAUCACCAUCAAACAAGUAUUG